AUGUUACAACUGCAAUAUUUAUUGGAGAAGUACCUGCCCUACUUUGGGCAUCUUCUCAUGGCCAUGGGCUAUGUAUUGGAGCAGUUUCAAAAUAUUGAGCCACCGCUGCCGAGUGCCAUGGUGCUGCUUGGACAUCUCUGUGUUCUUACGGACCCACUUAGCUUAUCACCGAGCCGCCCCUAUGUCCAGAUCGUCAAUCUUUUAUUUCUUCUGAGCAAUAUCACCAUGUUUUUAUAUGAUCUAUUCAGAGCCGUUGAACGUAAUUCUACCAUCACGGAUAUUAAUAGUUUAGUAUUUUUGAAGCAUCAAUCAAGCUGA